UGGACAGCUCCCGCUCACCCAAACAGAAGCCGUCCGCACCGGAGCGGGCUGGAACAUGGCUAGGCUGCGCGCCGGCCCGAGCGGCGGGGCUCGGUGAUCCCUCCCUCCCUCCCCGCCCCCUCUCCUCUCCCGCACGCACGCCCCGUCCGCCCCCACCCCGCCCCCACCCCGGGCGCGCCCGCCCGCAGCCCGGGGCGCACACCGCACGCACGCUCCCCCUCCACACACUCACGCAGUCUCGUGCCCUCCCCUGCUCCCGCGGCGGAGCUCCGCCACGCGCGCCUUGCCAGCCCGCCGGCCGCCCCCGCCGCCCCCGUGCCCCGAUGGACUGAAUGAAGGCUGCCUACACCGCCUAUCGAUGCCUCACCAAAGAACUAGAAGGCUGCGCCAUGAACCCGGAGCUGACAAUGGAAAGUCUGGGCACUUUACACGGGCCGGCCGGCGGCGGCAGCGGCGGGGGCGGAGGCGGGGGCGGCGGGGGCGGCGGCGGGGGCCCGGGCCAUGAGCAGGAGCUGCUGGCCAGCCCCAGUCCCCACCACGCGGGCCGCGGCGCUGCCGGCUCACUGCGGGGCCCGCCGCCGCCGCCAACGGCUCACCAGGAGCUGGGCACGGCGGCAGCGGCAGCGGCGGCGGCGUCGCGCUCGGCCAUGGUCACUAGCAUGGCCUCGAUCCUGGACGGCGGCGACUACCGGCCCGAGCUCUCUAUCCCGCUCCAUCACGCCAUGAGCAUGUCCUGCGACUCGUCCCCACCCGGGAUGGGCAUGAGCAACACCUACACCACGUUGACGCCGCUCCAGCCGCUGCCGCCCAUCUCCACCGUGUCGGACAAGUUCCACCACCCGCACCCUCACCACCACCACCCCCACCACCAUCACCACCACCACCACCACCAGCGCCUGUCGGGCAACGUCAGCGGCAGCUUCACCCUCAUGCGCGAUGAACGCGGGCUCCCGGCCAUGAACAACCUCUACAGCCCCUACAAGGAGAUGCCGGGCAUGAGCCAGAGCCUGUCCCCGCUGGGCGCCACACCGUUGGGCAACGGGCUGGGUGGCCUCCACAACGCGCAGCAGAGCCUGCCCAACUACGGGCCGCCGGGCCACGACAAAAUGCUCAGCCCCAACUUCGACGCGCACCACACUGCCAUGCUGACCCGCGGUGAGCAGCACCUGUCCCGGGGCCUGGGCACCCCGCCCGCGGCCAUGAUGUCGCACCUCAAUGGCCUGCACCACCCGGGUCACGCUCAGUCCCACGGGCCAGUGCUGGCACCCAGCCGCGAACGUCCACCCUCGUCCUCGUCGGGCUCGCAGGUGGCCACAUCUGGCCAGCUGGAGGAGAUCAACACCAAAGAGGUGGCCCAGCGCAUCACCGCCGAGCUGAAGCGCUACAGCAUUCCGCAGGCGAUCUUCGCGCAGAGGGUGCUGUGCCGGUCUCAGGGGACUCUCUCCGACCUGCUCCGGAACCCAAAGCCGUGGAGUAAACUCAAAUCUGGCAGGGAGACCUUCCGCAGGAUGUGGAAGUGGCUGCAGGAGCCGGAGUUCCAGCGCAUGUCCGCCUUACGCCUGGCAGCAUGCAAACGCAAAGAGCAAGAACCAAACAAAGACAGGAACAAUUCCCAGAAGAAAUCCCGCCUGGUGUUCACUGACCUCCAACGCCGAACACUCUUCGCCAUCUUCAAGGAAAACAAGCGCCCAUCAAAAGAGAUGCAGAUCACCAUUUCCCAGCAGCUGGGCCUGGAGCUCACAACCGUCAGCAACUUCUUCAUGAACGCCCGGCGCCGUAGCCUGGAGAAGUGGCAGGACGACCUGAGCACCGGGGGCUCCUCGUCCACCUCCAGCACUUGUACCAAAGCCUGAUGGAAGGACUCUUAGUUGGGCACAAGUCGUUUCCAAAUGAGUAAAACACAUACCAAAAGAAAACACAAAGGAAAAGACACUGGAUUCUUAGCUGGGGCCCUUCACUGGUGAUUUGAAAGCACAAUUCUCUUGAAAAGAAACUUCUAGCUGUAAUCAUAGGCCAGGUGUUCUUUUUUGUUUUGUUUUUAAUGGCUAUGGAGCCCAAGUGAAAGCUGGAAAUGAAUCUCUUUGAACCGGACUUUGUCCUCUGAGCAUGCUGAGCAUCUCAGGAACCCAAAUGGGGCCUUCCUGGAGCAAGUUCAUUUCAGUGUAGUGUCAACCAAGCUCAGGAUUGCUUAAAAUGUCAACAGCCCCACUUGCGGGGGUUUUCAACCUCUUGCAGUCAGAGUUCUCACCAGUAACCGUGGGAAUUCCGCCUGAGUUUGGGCUCCCAAGAUGCUACUUUAAAAGAAGACUCUAGCAACCAGAAUGACCUCAUUUGAUUUCCAAGUGCUUAGCCACAUCACACCACAUACACCAAAGUUCACAGCCAUAACAUAAAAAACAUCGGAUAUGAUAAUUACUGAGCACAAGUAUUAAAUAUGAAGUUAAAAACAAACAAACAAACCCAAGGACCUGUUUUUCCAACUCAGGCAUCUUUUCAUUGAAUGGUUUUGAAAGAUUUAAGUUGGUCCAGUUUACAAUUUUCUUUUCUUUACCUCCUGUAAAUCUAAUAUGGUCUUGGAUCCAUCAAAACAACAAAUCAGUUCACUUGAGCUCAAAGUAUCAAGCACAACAAAGAUAAACAGAGAAGAAAGGAAGGUUUUGGAUUCACCACCUCUGGAUUUUCAAGACACCGAUUGGGAAGUGAUUAGGGAAUCAUUGGGAAUAAGGCUUCAAGCACAUUUUGCAGUUUGCUACAAAUUCUGUUUGUACAUAAUGCAGACGCACACUCAGGAGGCCAAUUUAACUGUUAUGGUACAUGGAGCAAAUGCAGCAUUUUAAAAGAUCUAGAUUUUUUUAGAUCAUUAAUGUAUCCUUCUUGGUUGUUAGUUACCUGGUUCCUCCUAUUGUGCAUUCUGACCACCACGUAAGUCAUUCUCACUCUUUCAGAUUUGGGUUGUUCUCUCGUCCAUCCCAUUGGUAGGGAUGUUUUCAGUGUUUUCUUACAAGAAAAAGAUAAUCAUUCAAACCGCCAUACAUGUUAUGCAUCUAGUCCUAAACCUCUUCCAUUGUUAAGUUGUCCUAGAAAAACAGCUGAAUAAAACUGGAGAAAACACAGCACACCAAAGAAGCAGAAUACUGCAAACCAAAGACAUUUAUUACUUGCCAUUUUCUAGCCUAAAUAUACUGUGAUUACGUUUAGAAAUCAGAAAACCUCUGCAACUCCAAAUGGCAGCCAGCUCUUGCAUUUGGCUCACCAUCAGGCUGAGCAGACAGGCUAUGCCAAGGACAUCAGCCAAGCCACCCAGGGAGUGGCUGUCACCUUCCAACAGCAAGCAGGAGAGCGCCCACAGAACUCUGGGAGAUUGCGAAGGUCAUGAUGUGCAUAUUUACCAGUGAAUGGCCCCAGGUGGGCACCAUGGGGGUGUUCAAAGCAAGCCAAACGCUGCAAUGAUUCUUUACAGACACUUGAGACUGACUUUUUUUUUAUGAAUUACUUAAUCGAAACCAAAGAAACUUUUUCUGCACCUACUUCUGCAACAAACAAAACUGUCCCAUUAAGGUGAAUAAGUAAAUACGUAAAUCAAUGAAAAUCACCACCAAGAAGAAGGAAGCACGCCAGAAAAAAAAAUACAGUGAGACACACUGUGUUCAAACAGACCUCUUGGGACAUUUUUUGGAAGCAGAUUUGAAAGAAAGGGUUGAGACAAGGAUGGAAAUAAGGAAAACGCCUCAGUGGCUGCUGCUUCAUUUGACAACUCACGCGGGAAUCUUAAAGUUGAAGAUUGUCUUUAAUUUGUGCCUAUGCAGUUUUUCAAAAGAACACGGAACAGAGCAACAGAAACCUCAACAGCUACAAUACCAAAGAUGAGGAUUUCUCACACCUUUUGUUUCAGUUCAUUAUCUCCUCUUGCCUGGCUAACAUACUAAUAGUACCAUUGAUCUGUAUAAAGGUAAUCAAUUUUGUUUCUGAGCAACGAAAGGAAAGGGUCAUUUAUUUGAUUUUAUUGUUUCCCUUUCAUCUUGUUUUAUGGCUUUCUACCCUAAUAUGGAAUCUCUCAAAAGGUUCUAUGGACUCCAAGUUUAAGAUGUUGGCAUAGCGACCGACUCUCUUCUCUCUGCUCCGCAGAGUGGGGAGAAUGGUAGUGUCAUUUGAAUGUUCUUUGCUAAUCCCUUAGAUUUAAGGUUCCUUCUUUGUUCAGUCUCAUCAUCAGGGGAGGGGAGGGGAGUGAGAGUCAGGGUUAGGGGUCUUGGUGACACAUCCUCGCCCGAGCCACAGAACCAAAGAGUUUAUAGAGGAAUUGACAGCCUCAUUUGAUUGCUACAUCCUAACAGGGCUUCAUUUGGGGGUGGGGGGAAACAUGUAAAAAUAAUUGCCAGUUUCUACUUUUCUAUUAGCUUUUUAAAAAUCAGCUGUAAAGUUGCAUUUCUAAAGAAAGAUAUAUAUAUAUAUAUAAUAUAUGAACACAUAUAUAGACUCAACUUGACAUUGGUAAUAACCCCAAAAUUAUUGCUGCCCAAAUUCAUGUCUUGUUUUUAUCAAGUGUUUCAUUGAUUAAGUAUUCAGUUCAGAAUUUUGCUCAUUUCUCAUGCCAUCCCAGAGUUUGUUUACCAUUGUGGAUGACUUGGAGUAUUCACAUUUCUGUGAAAAUUCCUGGCAAAGGUUGAAAGUCAAGUACAAGCUUGAUAAGCUGUUGAUAAAUGGACCCAUAGUGAAAAUGAGUUUUGUUUGAAUUUGGAGUCAUCGCUCAUCUAUGCCUCAACCAUAUUCAAGGUGGUGAGGCCCACCCGCCCCAGAACUAGGCCGGGGCCAGUCAGGUGCUCGUCUUCUGGGAAGGCUCCAUGGUCCAUUCCCACCACUUACGGAGAUGAGGCCAGUCCAGAAAUCGGUUCUCCAGGAGCGUCCCAGUCCCAGGUGUUCUAGAUCCUCCUCGGUGAGUAGAUCUACCAAAGGGACUUCUCAAAGGGGAAGUACCUCCCAUGGCAGUGGGUUCAUCAGGUUUCCUCAGGGUGGUAAUGACCAAAUUGCGUAGACAAGCCUGUGUAUAACCACAGCUGGCUCUGGGGUAAGGCAAUGGUGUUGUUGGGGUGGGGUGGGUCUCAGUCCUGGAGAGAAAAUACAAAGCAGGGUCCUGUCCCUGGGAGCCCCAUUGUCCCUUGUUCCACUUCUCACUCCCACCGUGGGGGUCUCCCUUCUCAGUGGCAGCAGCCAUGGAGCUGUGACUCUCCUGGACUUUUGUCAUUCACCCUACCUGGACUUUUCCGUGUCUCUUUGUCUCUUGCUCAUACUCCAUGUCUUCUUUGUCAAAUGACCAAAAAAGAGUAUUAUUUCAGCAGGGGAACGCUCCAUAUUGGUUGAUAAAAAUGAAUUUCAACUUGCAUAUUUCCAAAUGAUUCCUUGUGACUUGUGGCCAGUGGAAAUGGUUAUUCUAUCAAGAGUAGAUUGAGCAGCCAAGCCUGCUUGGUUUGAUUAGUGAUUCUUUGGUACUCUAAUCUCAGCAUUUCAGCCUCUGCCAUCAUCGGAAGAUGUCUACUCCAAAAGAGCAAAAAUCUCUUUGUGGCCUGAGAUUUCAACAUUGGCCCAAAUGAGGGGUAGUCACAUACACCCUCUGUGUUCCUGGUGACCUGAGGAAGAGGUCAUAAUGUAAAAAACCAAGAACUCCCCUCCAAGGACUUUUCAUAAACAUCUCACCAGAGAAAUGUGUGUUUUAAAAAAUUAUUUACAUACAUACAUGAAUACAUGUGUGUAUCCAUAUAUUUAUGUAUCAAAAUUGUAAGCCCUACUGAAUUUCAAUUUGUUAAAAAUCUGAAAGGGAAAAAAAUCUCUACAAAUUGAAAGGUAAUGAAAUUUGACCCAUGAGUUUCCUCAAGCAUUUUUAAAUCUUACUUUUAAAUUAAUAAUUUCAGGAAAAAAUAAUUGUUUGGUCAUGUUAUAGUUUAGGGUCCUUUUCUUCAAUCAAAAAAAAAAAAAUUCCAGGCAUGCCUCAGCCAUCAGCAAUGGAAGGGACAGUGUGAAGGGACAGUCCUGAACCAAAAUUCACAUUCUUGAGGCACCAGAAGUCCAAAGGCUAUUGAGUGGAAAAACACUUUUCUUUAUUCUUUACUUGUGUGUUCAAUGUGAUUUUGGUUCUGGGAAUAUAAUUCUUUUAUUCCAGGAAUUUUUUAUUAAGAGCCAAUAUUUUUUGAAGGAAAACAGCAACAAUAAUAAAAACUCAACCCCAAUAAUAAAGGCUUUUCCAAAAUGUAAAAUAGUGUGUACGUUGUACCAUGUACAGGUACUGGCGAGAAUGAGUUGGGAAGGGACCAGCCUGACAUUUUCUCCGGAGAGAUGAGAGCAGUGGCUCCGUAGUAUCUCUUUUCCUGCAGGCUCUUGGCAUUUAUGGACUUAGAAAAUUUAAGCUAAUUUUCAUUCAGAGCUAAAGUAAAAUAAAAAUUAGGAAGGCAAAUCUGAUACACACAGGUAUAUAUACAUAUGCAUGUUUGUAAGUCUAACAAUGUAUUUCAGAGCCAAAUAUAAAUACCUUUUAAAUGAUCAAUCAUUUUACCUUAUCUAUGCUGGGCACCCACCUAUUAAUGCCAAUAAAUUAAAGUUGAACAGAUUUUUUAAAAUCUUUACCACUGGAUAGGGUCAGGAGGACACUUCCCCACUUUUGAAAAUAUUGGUAGAAUUACACAGGUGUCUGUGUGAGUGUCAUUGCUAUUGUGUCAUGACAAUAUACUUUGCAGUGAACUUGGAUUUUCAGGAAGUUGUAUAGUAAAAGUUUUUAAAAAUAUAAAAAGAACAGGCUGGGAUCCAGUGUUAUUAAAGAAUAAUGAACUCUAUUAAAAAGUAGAGAAAAAGAGAUGAUACAUAUGGUCCAAGUUUAUACCAAGACCCAGACACAAGUACUGGGAACAUAAUUAUCAUGAUUCCUAACAGAUCAGAGCUGAUUUUUUGUUGUUGUUGCUGCUGAUGUUGUGUGAUUUGGACUUGUUAGCCUAACCAGGAGGAGUGAAUGGGAAAACGGCAGAUGCAGAAGGGAGAGAGCUGGUGCCUAUAACUUUCUGAUACUUACCUGCGAGACUGACUAGCUUAAUAAUUUGGUACCUUUCACUAAGACCAAGUCACCGUAAAAGAGCAGGAGAUCCUAGUUAUCGAGAAGCUUACAAAAUUCUUACUAAAGGAAGAAGGGGCACCUGAUUUGUAAGAAUCUCAGAAGUUAAUGACAUUGGCUUUAAAUAUGGAUGUCCCAAUGCCAAUUUUCUUUUCAAAAAUACCCUUGAUAUUUUUCUUUCCAGGGGCAGGAGAGAGAGAGGGUUUGUUUAUUUGUUUUAGGAAGUCUCAGAAUGCGUUAUAAAUACAAAAACAAUUAUUAAAAUAAAAUAGAGCUUCACGUAGGUAGACACAAAGCUUAUAAAGGAGGCUGAUGGGCAAUUGCAUGAAUCCCACAGGACCAAAAAUACUCCUUGUUCUCAGAUACCAAAAUGACUGACAGUCUCGGGCAAGUUAAAACUGGAGCCCGAGCUUUCCUUACAGGUCUUUGAGUUUGCCGACUGGAAUUAGCCAGCUAAUACCUUUUUAGUCGAGAUAAUGUGUAUAGGAAAAAACACAUUGCCCCGAGUUUGGUCAUCCCAUGGAAGUCUUCCACUCUGCCCCAUCUUUUAGCAGCAGACAUUUCAAAUAGCAUAAACCUUGGUAGAUACGUUUGCCUCAAGUUCACACAGUCUGUCAGCUUGGAUGUAUGCAGGUUUAGAUACAUCUUCUGACUUGUAUUCUCAUGAUGUCCUGAUAGCCACACACAUUACCUAUGCGUGUCUAGACUGUGCACAGAUAUGUGUGCACAGACAUCUCCAUACACAUCUACUGUCAUCUGUUACAAUAAAUAAAUUUUAAAUGAUCAUUUAACAUGCAUGUAGUACAUCUACAAUGUACAUUGUUUUCAUUAUUUAUUGUAACACGUAAAACUCAAGUUCAGGGGGAGAAAAGUAUCCCAACAUCUUCCUUGUGUGCACUUGGAGUUACCUUCAUUUGGGCACAUCCAAGAUAAACUCAACUUUCAAGAAACCUUGGAUGUUAUUUAAUCAUCUGUGUAAGAAUGAUACAUAUGCUUGAUUACUUCGGUUGAAUAGCUUUAUUCUGGAUCUCUCAUAACUAAAGCUAAAUCCAAAGACCUGAAAAGGGACAAAAAGAAUAAAACAAAGAAAAAGAAGGAAAAAAUAGCAAAAGAAAGUGCAAACUAAUAGGGAAAAAGUGGACUCUGGUUCCCAGGGCUGAGACAAUGGUGACGUGGUAUUGUGGGGGCUGCGCUAGCUAGAGAGGGGGAAGUGGUGAUUAUUUUUCCAUGCUUGUCACAUCUAAAUGGUCUUUCUGAACAUAAGUUUUAGGGGUUAUAAUUUCCUGCUUUACUUUCAUUUAGACUAUUGAAAGAGGUUAAUAAAUGUUGUCCAUCAAAAAAAUGAAGACAGUCAAAAGAAACAUUUUUUUUUUCUUGUCUCUUUGGGUUAUGACCCAACCAGCUAUGUAAUUAAUUUAUUUAAUUAGUCUCUAGUACAGAAAUGUAUAGGAUGUGGGUAAUUAUUUAAUCAUCCUUCCUUAGUUUGAUUUUACUCCUUGUGCUUAUUUAUCAAAAUCUAGACCAAUCUCUUGAAGGUUAGUUUGCUUUAUAAAGCAGUGAAAUUCUGUUACAGACAGGGAAGAAGCACAGGUUACAGGAAAAAAAGAGAAAUCGAGGUCUGUUUCCUUCUUGAAUUAACUUUGAAAAUAGUUUAAAUAACAAUUAUUAAAUUAUUUAAUUUAAGUUCGCAGCCUCACCUGGUACCAGGCAAACUUCACCUUUGAAUUAUUGGGGCCCGCAGAGCCUUCCUAAUGUAAUUUAUUUAUUUAACUUAUUCAGCAUCUGUGAAAGGUGCACUGUAUAGUUUAUAUUUUUUAUUUAAAAACAACAGAGAGCACUAUAGUUUGUUUGUGGUCAGAACAACAGAGCAAAGUCUGUGGACAAGCAAUGACUAUUCAACUUGAACCUGUGCAUUCAGAAAACAUAAGCCGAGACCCUGCUUCACCAGCCUGGAUUUCGGGGCUUCUAUACAGAAACUGGAAAAAUACAUUUUAAAAAAGCAUAACUGCAAAAAGAGAGAAACCCUUACACUAGCUGCUUCCAAGAAUGAACUCUGUGUGUGUGUAAAACAACAAAACAGAAAAGGAAAAAAAAAAAAAGCAGAAAAAAGAAAAAAAAAGGAAAAACUUUCUAUUUCUAGUGAGAACCAAAGAAGGCUACCUCACUGACUUUUUCCAUUUGUAAUUUUAAUCGUGUUGAGACACCAAAGAUACCAAAGAUUUCUUUCUCUGUGCGGUCUGCAUUUUGCUUGUGCUCUUUUACAAUUUUAACUAUUCUCUCUGAUGUAUGGUAUGUACAGCCACAGCUCAGAUACCCCAAAGAAAGAAUUAUCUGUGCGACGACGGCUGCCAAUUGGAGAAGGGAUAUUUUCUGUGUUUCUCCCAUUUGUUCCCCAUCCCUGCCACAUGUUCAGGAUGCAAAUUCAGAUGUUGCUAUAAUUGGGUUCCUUAAAUUCCAAUGCCAAGUGGGUGAAGAAGUCUGGUUGGAAGUGGCCUUCAGUCCUAGCCCUGACCUUGUCCUUACUAUGGAGUUAAAACAGUAAAGAUUUCCAAUUACUGGACCACAGAAACUCUAACCAUUAAACAGUAGAGCUAGAAGGGACCUUAGAAAUCAUUUAGUCAACACUUCCCUUCCCCGGAGGCCUGGAGGAGUUGAAGGCUAUGUAGAGAGUUGAAGGCCCCCUGCUCCAGUGCUCUGCACUUCCUCUGCAGGAGACAGGCCACAUGUUGGCAAAGAGCAGGGUGGCAAUCCUUCAGCAAUGAGUAGGGCCUGGGCUUAUCACUUAACAUUUUCAGUGGGUAAAAAUAGUCAGAGGCAUUUCAGUGUGUGUCUUGUUAGAACCUCAACAGAAAGUCCCAUAUGGUCAGUUGCUAUAAAAGUGGCCAGCCUUGAAAUAUCAGGGCCCAUCAAGAGGUUUUUGCCUUGGAAGUACACAUUGAUCCGAUGUGAUCACUAUUGAAGUUCCCCAUUACAAAGUGUGCUAUACAUACACUUUCAUUCAGUGGAAAGAGAGAGUUUGUUCGUGGUCUGUUGAGUUUAAUUAUUAUGGAUAUUUUAGGUUAGUAUCAGAAAAAAGGAAUUUGAUCACCGUUUGUACAGGUGACAUUUACUAGUAAGCUGUUCAGCUUUUGCCUUUUCCUCUUGAAUUGUAGGUGUGUGUUUAUAUUUCAUUUCUAGGCCAACUAUGUACAGAAUUUGUGAGAGAACAUUAAGCCUUACGUCAAGGAUUAUUUAUUGUAAAUGAAAGAUGACCCCAAAAUUUCAGAGGAAUAGACAAGCCAGUUAAGAAAUGAUUACUUAAAGUUCCUUCUCUCUUCCCUUCUUACUCAUGAAAUUAGUCUUUUUUUUUUUAAUUGCAUUACAUGAUUCAGUCACUAUUAAGGUCCAUUCAUUAGUGACUUGCAUGUUGGCCAAUGAAUCAUUCUCAGCUUCUGAGCAAAUGGGUCUUAGACAUAUGCAAAGACCCACCUUUCAUCUGUACAGCUCUUUAUUGAACACUGGUAUUUUGCAUUUCACAUAGAGAUGUGGUUACCUUUGAGCUUUUAAAGGGACCAUUUAGACAAAGAAGCUAAGAAGGAAAAAGACCAAUCAGCGCAUGCCUCGAGAAAGAGUAGCUAGUAGAGGAAUUUAGAAGACAGAUUGACCGCCUUUAGGAGACUCACUUAUCCCCUUCCUGUGGUUUCCUAGCACCACACUGAUUUGCAAACGUUCCCUCCUGUCCAGACAAGCUGAAAGCUCAACCUUCCCCUAUACGUGGCAGGCUUGUAGGGCCUUCCUUCCAAACAGCACAUUGCAUUGGUUUCCUUCCCCAGUUCCUGCUGGUGAUAGAAGUCUCGGAACACCUGGGAGGCACAACAGAGAUCUGAGCACUCAGCAGCAGAGUGCUCCCCUCUAAGCAAACACCACCUUCCCUGCCUUCCAACCACCGGGCCCCUGCAAGAGGGAACCUAGAGAGAGCGAUGGCAGCCUGAACACAGAAAACAUCCCCAAUUGGCAGACCCCUCCUCAGCAAUCUCCCCUCAGCCUCAUGCUUCACUUGCAAAGUGUGACAUAACCACGGGACGAGUGCCUUGCUUGAACCAAAGCAACGAUUUAGCCAGUCUGGACCUCUCUGUGCUUUUUUUAAUCCUUCCUGUGAAUACCUCAGCUUCAACUGGGCCUCCAUACAGUAAAUUGGUGGGCUUAUUGUACUGUGGUGCUUUGCAAUGCAACCCUGCAAAGAACAAGAUUUGUACUAAUACCAAAGGUUCUCUCUGUCUCUUCCUUCUGCUCCCCGUCCUCCUCCCUUUUCUAGUUCUUCACGGUUCCAAAGCUUUAAUACGAACCCUGGGCAUGUUGGCAAUGCAGACCGCGCAAUUCCUUACCGAAUUUUCUCAGAUAUACCUCAUAGAUAAUAGUGUUUAGAGUAAUGUUAUUAUAGCGUAUGUAAUAAAUAUUCACUGUUUCUUUUGGUAACUGUGAUUUAAAAAAAGAAAAAAGAAAAAAAAAGCUUUAUACGUUUUAGGUUGUGCUUUUGUAAUAGAUGAAAAGGUGCGCUUAAAAAAAAUGUAUGUUCUUUUUUUUUACCCCCUUUGGAUUUUAUUUAUUCUUGAUUGGGGAAAGUUGCAGAAUGAGCCCAAAGUUUACAGUUUCAUAUUUUGCUGAAGAAACAAUCUGUGUUCAUUUGCUCUGUUGAAAAAAAUUAUUAUUUUCUACAUUUGUGCUACUUGGUCUGAACAAUUAAUUGUUCUGUGUUAACAGUGUAGUAUUAUAAUUAGCAACUGCCAAUCAGUGCUAUAAGUUUAUGCAUGAGGCUAAAAAAUUAGCAGUGUGAUGCAUUGUGGUCUUAAUAGCAACAUUUCAUUUUGAACUAGAUCUUCCUUCCCCUUUGGUUCAAUGGACUUUAUUUAUGCAUGGGCGCCAAUUGUUUGUUAGCAGUUGUGGAACAGUUGUGUAUACAUUAAACUGUGAAAAUGUACACAGUUCAGCCUCAGGCAGUGGUAAUAUUGGUUUUCAUGGGAGAUGUCUCACCUCAAAAAUACCUUUACAUCUGUUGGGAUUUCAAAAUGAGUCAGUUGAACUGGGUUCAAAUUUUAUGAGACUGGUCAUUCCAAGUUUGAGUUAGCCAACUUGUUGUCCACAACUGGGAUCCUUGUGACACAGCUGUCUCAUGCUGUGCAAGAGGGGUUUGGAAACAAGCAUUGAAAACAACUCAACUCUGCAUUUUCAGUCUCCACAAAAGGACAUUAUUUUGGCUUUAUGUUCAUGACCUCAGACCUAACUAGCCAUGUGCAUGGAGAUGUGAAUCCAUCCAGCUCUCACCUCUCCUGACUCUCUGUUUGGGAGUGGCCACUUGGAUUAUGCUUGGUUUCUUCUAGUAUUUUGUUGUCAGGUCAAUUCCCAAUAGAAAUUCAAAUGACAUCUAUAUCAGUAAUUAUUCUAUGGCUUUUUAUUGUUUUGUCCAUUCUCCUGGACAACUCCACCAACUAUUCCAGUGAUUUGGGCAAAAAUAGAUGACCAUUCCCUACAACAUCACCUGUGCGGCCAUCUCGUGGUACUUCUUCCCUAGAGUCGAAGAGGACUCUAACUUGCUCUUUCCUGCCCAAUAUUACGACAUCUAUCCUAAAUGGGGAGUGGAAGAAGUUUUGAAUCCCUGUUUCAGAAAACCAUCCUGGUUUAAACUCCCCAGUUAUCUGAGGCUCUAGAUCUCAAAAAGUAUUUUUCAUUUGCAAAUGAAAACUUGUUCUUUCUUAUAUUUCGGUUCUGAGCAAACUUGUUCUUUCUUAUAUUUCGGUUCUGACCCCUACUCUCAAGUUUCAUACCUAUUUCCCAAACCAAAAUGUUGACAUAAAGCCAAAUCAACUGCCAAGCACACUUUGCAUAGGAGAGUGCAGCCCAGAGUUGGGAAAGCAGCAACCUGCUAUGCAAAACAUUGGAAACCACCAACAGCAGAGCAUUCAUAUUUCCUGUUGAUGAGACAACGCUGGGAAUUCAUUUUCCUUAAUAACACAAAGAAACUUUUUUUGGCCUUAUACAGUAGGUGGUGAUAAUGAAAGCUUUGUAAUAGGUGGUCUUUUCCCCCACCUGAUUAACCUGCCAAAGAUGGGAAUGGAUACAAGAAUUUUAAGUUGGCUUUUGUAAGACAGUUAAUGAUUGUAAUCGUGUUUAAUCUUCCAGAAAACUUUAUGUGUUCUUCCUCAAUAAACCGAAUCAAUUACUUGUUUCAGUGAAGUUCUCACACUCACAAACCCACAAACUAUUCCUCUUGAUGCAGGUAUUGUAGUAUCUACAAGGUCCAAGUGCAUUUUCCAUCCAAAGUAAACAGAGGAAUGUCUGAGACAUGAAGGUGCCCUGCCCUUUUUAUUACAAGCAACGCACGGGUCUGGUCCGCUAGGAUUUGCCACGAAGUCUUGUCAUAUGAAACUCGAGGUAUAUUUUGUUAUGCCAUCCUAUGUCUUUUUUUUCUUUUUUUAGACUUUGUGGAAAGUGAUAUGUUGAAUCAAGUGUAAGCUGAGUUUUCCAGACAACUGAAGUAGCUACAUCGUGAAUGUUAUUUUGUUAUUAAAGGGUUUUUACUCAAUGCUUUGUGCCCGUGGGUGUCCUUUUCCUUGGAGACACAGAACUGUGGGAUUACCUCAGUGUGGCCUGGAUUUUGCUCCUGCUCUCAUGGUGGGAAUGUGGGCCCGGCCCGGGAAAUAGAAGGUCAUGGGGGGGUCGAUGUUGGCGCUAGGAAGAGAUCUCCAUAACUAUCAGCUUUAAAGAGAGCUGGGCCCAAACUUUCCAACCUCACUCUCUCUUGACCCCAGCACUUCUCCAGAAUCCCUUGGCCUUGAGCACAUGCCAGCAUGAAGGCAGGCCCCAAUUCUUACAGAAAAGGCAGGAAGAGAACGUAGUAAUCCUCAGGCUUCUGUGGCCCAGCAGGCAGGCACCUUCCCCCAGGCUGGGCUCCACCAGCCAAGGUGUAGGCAGCCAUCUGUCGACUUCCCCUGCGCCAUCGCUGUGGGUGUCUUCCUCCCCCUUGACUACAGCAAAGGGUCCAGGUCCCCACAGUCCAGGGGCCUCUUCCAAACCAGCCCUCAUCACACUUCCUGUGCAUUCUGGCUUAGCUAUUUCAUCUAUAAUUUGUGCAGAGGAUUGGAAAACAAAGCAAGGCCUGGAUGGGUUUUUCUGUGAUUUUGUUUUUAAUUUUUAUCUUAGCUAGUCCCAGGUCUUUGAUCUGGAAAAACACAAGAAGGAAAAGGAGACCUCACUGCCGCUCAUGCCUUGCCACUCUCUCCGGGGCCAUGCACACUGCACAUGCUGUGGAUCUUUCUUAGGGGACAGGCCGAACCACAGAUACUCAGCCAAGAAAAUGGUCCGUCAAUGCCUACUUUACCGCUGUUUGAAAGACCUCUUCAAAAAGCUGUACAGCUUGGGGUUUCUUCCCAUUCUCUUUGCUUUGUCUCAAUUCGGCAUUUAGCUUAAUUUAAGAGUCAGUUUGCUGUCCAGGGAAGUUUUUGUUUGUUUGUUUGUUUUAAUCCUCACCUGAGGCUAAUUUUCCAUUGAUAUUUAGAGAGAGUAGAAGAGGGAGGGAAAGACAAAGAGAAAUAUGAUGUGAGAGAAACACAUCAAUUGGUUGCCUCCUGCACGAGCCCCGACCAGGGCCCAGGCCUGCAACCAAGAUAUGUGCCCUUGACCGGAAUUGAACUCGGGACCCUUUGGUCCACAGGCUGAUGCUCUCUCCACUGAGCCAACUGGCUAGGGCAAGGGGGGAGUUUUGUUUUGUUUUGUUUUGUUUUGUUUUGUUUUGUUUUGUUUUGUUUUGAGAUUAUGACAGGGAACCUGGUGAGAAAGAUUAAGUAUUCAAAGACUGUUGGCUGAGUAAUUGUAUCAUUAACAGAUACUUCCUUGAAGCUAAAUCAUUUCCUUUCUUUACUAUGUCAUUUUGUGUUACAAAAGCCUAAAUGGUACCAGCAAACUUCUUAUCACGAAAGGCUAUAUGGCAUCUGGCAAAUUGGAAUUCCUGAAAUAAGAAGACAACCUUCGCACUGACAAAAUGAUAACAUCUGAGCUUGGCAGGCAGAGACCGAGAUGGUAACAGGCAUAAUCUUUUGUUGUUGUUAAUCCUUACCCAAGGAUACUUUUUCCAUUGAUUUCUAGAGAGAGUGGAAGCGAGGGGGGAAGAGAGAGAGAGAGACAGAGAGAGAGAAGCAUAGAUGUGAAAGAGACACAUCAAUUGGCUGCUUCCUGCACAUCUUCUGACUUAGGCCAGGGAUUAAGUCUGCAACCCAGGCACAUGCCCUUGACCUGGAAUUGAACCCGGACCCUUUGGCCCACAGACCCACGGACCAUCCAGGGCAAAAGGCAUAAUCUUGGCUCUGGUUUCUCUUCCAAUUCAUAUCUCCAAUCACCAAAUCUUAUUCUCUCCCCACGCCCUUGCCCUGCUUCCAAUCCUAGAGUUCUCCAGUCUCUUCUCCCCUGGUCUAGGUGCCAAAGAAUUUCACGGGCAAAGAUAAUUCAGGGUUGACCAACAUUUCAAUUAAUUCUCUUCUUUACCCUUUGCUUUUCUCAAAGAAGCUGUGUUUCUGGACUGUAGAGAAAGAGCCUGGCCUUUUUUAUGUUUCCAUCCUUCCUCUUCUGAUCUUUUUUCCCAUGUUAACAUUUUGUUAGUACAGAAACUGUAAAUUCUUUCUUGGUCAAUGAAUUCUUACUAGAGAAACCAUCCUCCCACCAAAGUGAGAACAUGUUCCAGCAUCUUUUCUUUCAUUGAUUGUUGAUCUCCAGAUUGAGUCCGUCCUUUUUAGUUCACAUGCUGGCCUGUGGGCUUGAAUCCUUGCUUCCAAUCUGGUAGUAACUUUAUAAUUUUAAAGAGGACUAAAAUGAGGGAAGGGAGGAAGAGGGAAAGAAAAGAAUUUGCCCCAGCUCUGUUUAAAGUUUAAAAUGGAAAGAAGAGAGCCUUUAAGCCCUGGGGAAAUGGCUGCACGGUGGUGAACCUUCCCUGUGACAGCCCAUGCUCUGCCACAUGGCUUCUAGGCCAGUUCUUCCAGAAACCCAGCCAUUAGUAGAAAUCCAGCACCUUUCCAUGGGUCUCUAUCCAGAUUCCAAGGGGACAAGAGAUCAAAGUCACAUGCACAUCUCUGGUCCCAGUUCCUGGCUUUUACAGAUGUUACUUCCAAGAAAAUCAUAGUGGGGGAGGGAACCUUAAACUUUCAUUUUUUAGUCAAUCUCUUUGACAUCACCUCUCAUAUUUAAAAUCAGGAAAACAUGCCCCUCAAAUUGCCAUUCACUUCUGUUUUGAAAAAGAGAACCCUAGUUCAUCCACAUUCUUAUUUUCUUUUUACUCUGAGCUAAACUUCCAAAGCAUAGUAUAACCUAGAUUUUGCCCCAUCUCAGACAUGUUCAGUCAGACUGUGCUGAAAGAUUUCCCAGGGAUGGUCAACGAGGAAUAUAUUCAGUGGCUGCCCUGAAAUUCUGCUGGGGAUGAGGAUCACAUACCAUUAGCAAGGGGGCUCUUUACCCUCUGAUAAGCUCCCAGUUUGGGGAAAGAUCUCUUUGAAUUUUAAUUGCAUUUUCAAUUUGCUUAAUUCACACCCUGAUGUUUUGUCUGCAACACUGCUUACACUGGAUUCUUUCUAUUUUUAUUCCUAUCAUUAAAUGGUAGUGCUGUAAAUUCUGCAAUUAAUGUCAAAUAAACUGCUUUCAUUCAUUGA